CGUAGCCCUACGCGUCUGCCUUUGCAGCCUCUGCGCUUGUCUGGAAGCAGCAAAGAAUCAGACAAAAUAUUAAAAAGACAGAAAAUAAAUAAUCUCAUCCAGCAGAAAUGUCAUUCGUGGCAGGUUCAUCCACCGGAGUCUCUGUUAUCGUCGUCGGCGCGGGGUUUGCGGGCUUGACCGCAGCCAUCGAGUGCGUCCGCCACGGGCACAAGGUCACCCUCCUCGAGUCCUUCCCCGAGGUCAAAGCUCUUGGAGACAUCAUCUCCUUUGGCGCUAACGCCGGGCGCAUCUUCAAGCGCUGGGAGGGCGUCGAGGAGAAGCUCGACAAGAUCUGUCUCAACACAAAGGGUAUCCACUUCAAGACCUACCUCGGCGAGGAAGUUUACUACCAGGAAUGGACCCCUGAAGAAACUUUUGGCAAACCAUUCAACGGCCACCGUGGCGAAAUACACGAGAUCGUCUACGAAUACGCGCAAAAGGUUGGCGUUGACAUCAAGCUCGGCCACCGCGUGACCGGCUACUUUGAGACCGACUCUGAAGCCGGCGUCAUUGCAAACGGCGAGCGGUUUACUGCCGACGCGGUUUUCGCCGCCGACGGGGUGCGCUCAAAGGGCAGAGAGAUCGUCUUGGGCUAUGACGAUAAGCCAAAGUCUUCUGGCUAUGCUAUUUUCCGCACGUGGUUCCCGUCCGACAAGCUUGCUGAGAACCCCCUGACCAAGUUCAUGUGCGAGAAUGGUGAUAACCACUGUGCAUGGCUCGGCCCUGACAUUCACUUCAUUGCCGCCACUAUCAAGGGUGCUCAAGACUUCAGCUGGGUCUGCACUCAUAAGGACGAUGCCGACAUCGAGGAAAGCUGGCAAACUCCAGGGAAGCUUGAGGACGCCCUGAAAGUCGUCGAGGGCUGGGAUCCCGCUGUUAUCGAGAUCGUCAAGGCCACUCCUCCGGAGACCCUUGUUGACUGGAAGCUAGUCUACCGCGACCCUCUGCCGACUUGGAUUUCACCCCACGCCCGCAUUGCGCUCAUCGGCGACGCUGCGCACCCGUUCCUACCGACGUCCAUCCAGGGUGCAAGUCAAGCUAUGGAAGACGGUGCCACUCUAGCUGUAUGCCUUGAGUUGUCCGGAAAAAGCAAGGUCCCAGAGGCAAUUCGGGCAUACGAGAAGAUCCGCUACGAGCGUGUGCGGAUGGCUCAAAAGACCGGUGAGUCCACGAGAGAGAAAUGGCACAAGGCUGACUUUGCAAACUUGAAAGAGAAGCCAGAUACUAUCAAGCUGCAGAGAGGUGAAUGGCUUUUGGGUCACGAUGCUGAAACACAUGCUUAUGAGGUCUACGACGGGACUGUUGCUGCUCUCUCUUCAUAAGCAUAAAAGAGGGUUUGAAAUGAAUAUCGAGCCGACCGGGCCGAAAGCAGGGUUGCGACUGGCUUUGAUUCGCAAAAACCCUACAAAACCUAAAUGAAACAAACUAUUUAAUUUCUCACAAAUGAAACCUUAAGCACUUUAACACUGA